AACAGGGUAUAUCAUUCAUUGCCGAAAUACGCCACAAGAUCUACGCACAAACAUGGACUUUAAGCAGAUCUCAUUUUUCAUUCUCUGUCUGAUGGCCGUAUAUCUGCUCCGGGUCGGCGAGAGUAGAAUUGUAAAAAUAAUACAAAAGAAUAAUAGCGACGAUGACAACACAGGUGUAAUUCCGAUAGGCGGAGAAGAGAAUGAAGGCACGCACGAAAAUGAGAGGGAAGGCACGGGACACGUGAACGACAUCGAGUCGUGUUUGGAGCCAUCGGAGCAAGAACUUCAUCGGCGAAUGAUGAGAAAAGAAAAAUCCUACCCGCAUUCGCCAGCGUUUACGCUUUUUGCGGGGAGCGACUCGACUAGCAGGAAUUCCAUUAAUAGCGUACACGGGCAACGUCACACUUACCCAACACCAAAUUUCACAUGCCCGCUUCAUCUCAAUGUCUCGUUGUCUGCUGACAUCGCCGCUAGAUCGCUCUGCCCCUGGACAUAUACUAUUGACAGCGACCCAGAUAGAUUUCCGAAGGUGAUGGCAGUCGCAUCGUGUCGUUGCAAGGAUUGCAUUGAUGCUUCGGUCCGUGGAGGGUUAUCAGUAGUAAAUACUUGUGAGACGGUGACAUAUCUUGUUAGAGUUCUCAAACGAACGGGAUGCCGGGACGGAUUUUACCAGUACAAAUUCGCCUGGGAACAUGUUCCUGUUGCUUGCGUGUGUGUUAGGCCGAAAGUAUUCAG